UUUGAAAAAAAAUAACCCUAAGAGGAACCAACUGAUCAUGGAAUAUCCUAUCAUAUCGUGCAUACAGAAAGUUAUUUUAUAUGAAACUAAAGCAAGAUUCUAUAUAGUAGGCUCCAAUUCUACGGAGAGCAGGUAUCGAGUUUUAAAGAUAGAUAGAACCGAACCAAGGGAGCUUGUCAUUCAUGAUGAAAAGGUUGAGUACAACAAACAAGAAGUUAGAAACCUUCUGACCAUGAUCCAGUCGGGGAACCUAACGCCAGAGAGCAAAAAACUCGACUCUGCUCUCAUGAAGACUGUGUCUGCAUUUGGCAUAGCAGGAUUUGUAAGAUUCUUGGAGGGUUACUAUGUGAUUUUAAUCACAAAGAGACGAAAAGUUGCCCUCAUUGGGCCCCAUGUUGUUUACAAGAUAGAAGACACCACAAUGAUGUAUAUUCCAAAUGAUACUGUGCGACAAGCCCACCAUGAAGAAAGCAGGUAUGUGAAAAUGUUUCAAAGUGUGGACAUGUCGGACAAUUUCUACUUCAGUUACAGUUACAACCUAACACAUCGUUUGCAAUACAACAUGAUGCCUACAUUAUCCACUGGCCGUCAGACAUCUGCGCCAUUUUAUGGAGUGAGAACUAAACCGGCAGAUAAAUUUGUCUGGAAUUCCUAUCUCCUUCAGAAAUGUCGGGAAGUGGUUCAUCCGGACUGGCUGCUUUUUCUUAUCCAUGGAUUUGUUGACCAGAAGAACAUAAAUGUCUAUGGAAAAUCAGUAUAUCUGACCCUUAUUGCCAGAAGAUCAAAUAAAUUUGCUGGGACCCGAUUUCUAAAGCGAGGAGCUAACUCUGACGGUCAUGUGGCCAACGAAGUGGAGACAGAGCAGAUUGUGAUUGACAGCUCGGUCACCUUUCUGGAGAGGACCAGCGUCACUUCUUUCGUCCAGAUGAGGGGCUCCAUUCCUUUGUACUGGUCACAAGAUGUCACUAAGAUGGUUCCCAAGCCUCCCAUUAUGUUGGACCAGAGCGAUCCUUACGCAGGGGCGGCUGGUCUCCACUUCAACCAGGUGCUGGCUCGCUACGGCUCACCGGUCAUCAUACUGAACCUUGUAAAGAGGAGGGAGAGAAGGAGACAUGAGAGUAUACUGACUGAUGAGUAUAAAGCUACUGUGUCCUACCUCAAUCAGUUUUUACCGCCGGAACACAGGAUCAGAUACAUGGGCUUUGACAUGGCACAUAUCAGUAAAAGCAAAACAAAGAAUGUGUUGGUAAGGUUGUCUCAGAUAGCUAAGAAGUGUGUCAAACAGACAGGCUUCUAUGUCCACAUGCCAAGGCAUAUCAGCAAAGAAUUCUGGGAUGCACCUGAGUAUAAGGGCUUCCAGGGUCAUAAGACUGAGUGGGGGUGUUUACAGACGGGGGUGGUCCGUACAAACUGUGUGGACUGUCUGGACAGGACCAACACUGCACAGUUUGCUAUAGGCAGAUGUGCCCUGGGGCAUCAGCUGUUUGCCCUUGGGGUGAUUUCCAGUCCUGACCUGGAGUUUGACACAGACUGUCUCAAAAUGCUUGAACACUUGUAUGAGGCACAUGGAGACACUAUUGCAUUACAAUAUGGAGGCUCUCAACUCGUACACAGAAUUGAAGGCUACAGAAAAAUUGCCCCCUGGACUGCACAUUCCAUUGACAUAAUGCACACACUGUCUCGAUACUAUAGCAACACUUUCUCAGAUCUGGAAAAACAAAUAGCUACAAACAUCUUCCUUGGUCUGUUUUUGCCGGCAGAGGGAAAACCUAACAUCUGGGAACUGCCCACAGACUUCUACCUCCACAACAGAAAUGUCAGGGCUGUGUUAGAACAUCUCCGAUUUAGUUGCAGCCAGUGGUGGGAGGUUCCUGUAUACAGAUCUCUGCCCCUGCCAUAUGAAGAAGAAAAGAAGAAGUCAGACAGCAGCGUUGUUCCAAUGAAGGGCAGAGAGGAGUGUUUGGAUAGCUAUGAUGAGUACUACAGAUCAAGUGAAAUGACCUCCAUCCAUGAACUCUUCUCCUACACCAUGUCUCACUCCGUCAGGGAUUACAAACCUAAAACGGCCAAGAUUGACAGUCCCUUCACCCUGAGAGUUCCUUCAGAGUCCAACAAGGAUGUUAACAGAUCAGUCAUGUACCGUCGUGUUAGUAGUAGAACUAUGCUGUUCAUGACUCAGAGCCAAGAGACAAAUCCCAAUAUCUCGGGAAAAGACUCAACAUCAUCUCAGACAUCUACAUGCUCUAGUGAGAGUGAAAGUGAAAGUUCAGAUGUGGAUGGAACAAGUGUAUCGGACACAUCAGAGGAUUCAACUAGCAUGGUCAAAUCAAAGGGUAAAGACUGGAGUGCGAGUCAACAAAAAGGUGGUGUCAGUCAUAUGUAUGGGCCAGGGCUUCACAAGUACUCCCCAAAUCACAAAGACACAUGGAUGUAUGAAAGGUAUGUGCGUAUAAGUGAUGUUUGUCAAACCCCUCCAAGAAAAGAAGAUAAAGCAGUAACACGGGGCAAAAUUAUCGAGAAUCUGGUGUUUCCAAAGAGUGUGUUUAAGCUAGGCAGUAGCUAUGGAGUGGAACCUCCCCCUGUCAAUAAACAGGACCAGGAUAUCUACCACCAUUAUGUCUCCGUGGGUCACCGUGGCCCCAUAGAACCAAGUAAGAAGGAGGCCCAGUUCUACAAUAAAUACCUUAACAAGUUUUAUUAGGACAUGCUCUGUUUAAAGAUAGACAUUGCACUCUACAAUCCAGAAUUGAGUGUAAACAAUACGAAUAUGACAGUUUUUGUUAUGUUAUGUUAUGUAUUAUUAUUUCAAUACAACUUAGUGCAAUAUAUAAAGUUUGCAUUUAUGCAAAUUAUGUUAAUAUAUGUUAAUGUUUACAUGUACCUCUGUUGAAAUAAAAAAUUCUUUACAAUAUAUA